GACAGCAUUCCCAAGUCUGGUCACACCGAGCUGGCUUUUAUUGCAAAUUUUAUUUUCAUAAUUGCGGAGAAUUUGCAUUUUAAAGCGAAAAAGAAGCGGAUUCCGCUCCCGAAUUGCAAACAAACGAACGGCCGACUUGUGGCGGCAGAUUGUGGAACAUAACCAGUAUUACGUAGCUGCCAGCUAAUCCCAGUGACCCGUUUCCAACCCGAUACCCUAUGUCGGCGUCACAACGCGGCGGAUGCAACAACAAAUGAGUCGUUCUGUUCUGAGUCGAUAAAGUGCUCGCUGUGUGGCCCGCCCACUCCAAUGCGCCGCUAGCGGAGAUCAGGAGCAGUUGGCGCCAUGUCCAGUUCGGUGUUCACGGAGGCGCCCAGCGCCCGGCCGGCGGCAGCCGAUGGCGACUCCAACCUGGUGGUGGUCUACAGCAAACAUGGAGUCUCCUUCGACGAGCGCGCCAUCGGGAACAUUAUGGAGGAAAAAUCGAUUUCCACCAUCAGCGUGGUGCGUCUCACCUCGCCCACUCCGAGUAUGGUGGACCAGGAGGAAGCCGAACGGCUGGAGGAGUUGGCCAGCUUUAUGGAAACGGCCACGGACUCGGAGCUGGACAGCGAGAACGGCAGCCAAAGUGGUGGGGACGAUAACAGCGAUGUGGACGCCCAGGACGAGGACAACCAAAACACCGGCGAGGAGAACAACGGUGACUCCACCGAGACGGAAACCGAUGCCCCGCGCACCCGCCGGCGUGCUGGCCGCAAGCCCAAGACCAUCAAGAAGCGAAAACGACGCAGACCCAAGGAGCGCCCCCAAAUCGUGGGCUUGCGAGUGGAGCAGUUCUACGCGGACAACACGGCUGAUAUGGUUGUGAAAAAUGCUCUGAAGCUUGCCGGAGUUUCGAUAUACAAGAGGACUCCGGAAUCGGACGCCCUGCUGGAAAUUAUCCGUAACGACCACAACUACACACCCUUUACGUCGCCGGAGCAGCUUAAGAAUCACAAGCGGGCAGAGAAGAUGGCCAUGGAAAUGCAGGCUCAGAGCCGCAAGAUCAUUAUGCAGGCACCGGGAAGUGUCAAGCUAAUCAAUGCCAAAAAGCGGGUCCAGGCCGUCCCCUUCAGUCCGCUGCAGGUAAAGGUCCAGAGAGUGUCUGUCAAGCCCCACCAAGUUCAGCAGCCGGCGCACCUGCAACCCAAGGUGCAGGUGAUCCGCAAGCCCAUCCAGCCGCCACUGCCAAGACAAAAGCCGGAGAUCGUCGCGAGCAGCGCGGUGAAUGUCAGGCCGAGGCCAACGCGAGCUCUCGUCAAGGUGAUUGCUCCUGUGCAGGACUUCAUUGAAGACGACGACGAUGCCCAAAGCUCGGACCCCGCUGACGAGGAGAACGCCGACAAGUCCUAUGACACGGAGGAAAUGAGCGAGGAGAGCGAGGACUUCCAGGAGUCUGACAACGACAGGGACAGCGACAUAGACUUCGAUAUGAGGCGCAGCGGCGGCCGGAGCACUAACAAGAGAAGACGGGUGAGAAAGGUGUCGAGGCAAGCGAAACCAGUGAAACCUUUGCCGCCGCCUCCAACCACGCCCCAGCACUUCCCUGAGCUAAAGAAACGCAAGGAAGUCGUUGAGCAGAAAGCUCCACAGAUCGGCCAAAUUAUUCAGUUACCUACGAAGACGUCGCCCACAGUGUUUGCCCUCGGCAGAGGUCUCCCCAGCACCUCUUUCCUUAAGAUCAGACCCACACAUCAGACGCUGCCGGUCAAGAAACCUCCACUGCCAACGACACCGGCGAAUUCCAGUGUACGCCGUACGCCUGUCGUGCACUUGGGAAGGAUCGGAAACUCGCCGCAGGAAGUCAAGGAGAUUAUCAUCAACAAGAACACGGCCAGUCCCAAGGGCGUUUUCACCAAUCUCAACAGCCUCCUGGGCGAAAACAACAAUGCGACGAUCAAGUCUUCGCCUGAUUCUCUCAGACACCGGGCCGUCAUGUCACCCAGCACGCCGAGAUCGAGUUACAGCCAGCAGGUGCCGCCCAUUGUGGUUCCUGUUCCUGCCCAAGCUCCAACCCCGUCCAAGGGGUUCAUGCCCAUCGGUGUGGAUACGGCGCAGUCGCAUAAGUUGCCCGCCCAAAUUGUGAUCGAGACCCACCAGAGUUCCUCCGAGUUGGCGGCCGAGAAUGACAAGCAGCUUGAUCUGAUCAACUCGAUUGUGCAGGAUGAACUGCUGAAGUCUACGCUCGUGGAACAGCCACCAGUAAAUGCGGACGAGGAUAUACCAAAACUUGUUAAGAUGCUGGAGAGCACAGCGGCGGAUUUGGGCCCCGCACCACCGUCCUUGCCGGCGCCAAACUUUGCAGCUUCAGAGAUGCAGGGAGUACAAAAUCCAGCUAGUGUCGUUCCCAUUGACAUUAUGGAUACGGCUGACGAGGAUGAGAUUACUGCAGAUUUCCUCCAGCACGUAGUCGGCCUCAUCGAGGAGGACAAACAGUUUGAGGCCGAGGUGGUGAAGCAGGUGCUGGCCAGUACAGAGCCAGGAACCCUGGAUGACAUUGUUUCGUUGCCAACGCCUGUAAUCUUAUCGCAACCACCUACUGUUCAGACACAAGCGAACCCGCCUAUUCAAGCAGUUCUUGCUGAGCCCAUUCAAGCCUCGUUGCCCAUGGCCUGCAGCACACCAUCGAGGAGCGUGCCAACCCCUUUGCCUACCUCAGCAAAGGUUGUGCGUGGCAACGGUCGCGUUAUUUACCUGCCUCCUAUAGAAGCGCCCACAACGCGUGCCAAGCGUCGGGCACAGGUUCCUCCGGGCUCGGGAGUAGCCACGAAUAGUUCUGGGGAUCUAAGCAAUCUCUCCUUUGUUGAAACCUCUCUGGAUACAAGCGCUAAUCAGCUGGCAAACACUAGUAGCCUGAGCACUGACAGUCAAUCGGGAAUCGGACCAAAACGACCCAAUCCCAGAGAGCCAUCGAUGGCCAGGCGCUCCACGGUGCCAAGACGAUCGAAGAAGCUUAACACGAGUCAGAGCAAUGAUCCCGAGGCCUCAGAAUCUCAGGAGGAUGACGACGACCCCAACAAGCUCUGGUGUAUUUGUCGUCAGCCGCACAAUAAUCGUUUCAUGAUCUGCUGCGACUUAUGCGAGGAUUGGUUCCAUGGCACAUGUGUGGGGGUGACCAAGGCAAUGGGCACAGAUAUGGAGAAUAAGGGCAUCGACUGGAAGUGCCCCAAAUGUGUUAAAAAGCAGGAGGAGAAGAGUCAACCACGAAUAACGGACAUGUUGGUCACCAAAACAUCCGCACAAGCUGAGGAAAAACCAAAUGAAACCAAAGUACUGACGUCGUCAGCGGAAACUCUUCAGGUUACGACUCCCUUAACGCCCAGAAGAACACUGCCUGUGGGUGUUACCGUAGCCAGCACUCCCAUGCGUAUCUCCACAAUGAAGCCGGCCAAGAAAUUUCCAACCACUACAAUUCCUCACCAGCAGCAGCAGCUGAACUUCAUUAAAUUGGGUCCAUCUCCUGGUAACCGUACCUCGGAAUCGAUCUGUGUGGUGUGCAAGCGGCCGGCGGGCUCCAAUUCCGUUUAUUGUGGGGAAGAGUGCAUACGGAAAUAUGCACAAAACAUCCUUCACUUACACACCACGAACAAGGGCCCGGAUAGUCCGGUGCCACAUAAUGCCAGCGUGCAAUCGCCAUUGAACAACUCCCUGGAGGCGAAGAAGAACAAGAAAAAGGAUUUGUUCGAGGAUGUGCUGAGGCAGGCGGACUCUGUGUCGAAAGUGGAACGGAUAAAUGUGUUUGAGCGCAGAACUGGACGUGUAAUUACCGGGCACUUGGCACCAGCAGCACACCAGUUACGGAAAUGGCUUCAAGAGAAUCCCACCUUCGAGGUGUUGCCCUCGGGAACACUUCAGUCAAUGGACACAGAGAGGCGAGCACCUUUGAAACGAGCACCCGAACUAUCCACCUCCGCUGAAUCUGUCGCACUGGCAUUUCCAAAAAAGCCACUUGAAUCUGCCACCAAGCUAACCCAGCCACUGGCAGUUCAGGUCAACCCACUGGGAAUUUCUUCCGUGCGUCCCUUGCCCAAGAAAGACAGGGAGAAGGAAAAGCCCUCGCCUCCAGCGCAGGUGGCCACUCCUAGUCGAAGCACAGGCAAACCCGAGCCGGUUCGAAUCGGCAUUCGGCGAUCCCUGAGGGAGCAACUGCUGGCGCGCAUCAAGGAGGCCCAGGCUGCGGAGCAGACUACAAGCCAGACGGCCACCCAGUGGCUGACAGCGCUUGAAGUGGAUCAGUUUGUCAAGAGCGUGGAAUUGGAAAUGUUCAACUCGUUUGGACGAGACGUGGGCGCCAAGUACAAGGCCAAAUACCGGUCGCUUAUGUUCAACAUCAAGGAUCGCAAGAACCGCACCCUGUUCGAGAAGAUAUGUGCCAAGCAGGUGGAGCCCAAGCAGCUGGUACGGAUGACGCCUGAGCAGUUGGCCAGCCAAGAACUUGCCAAAUGGCGAGAGGAGGAGAAUCGCCACCAGCUGGACAUGAUCAAGAAAUCGGAGCUGGACAUGCUGUCGUGUGCCCAAAACUAUGUUGUGAAAACCCACAAGGGAGAGGAGGUGAUCGCCACCAAGGUGGAUGUGGCGCUACCCGAAGAGGACCUCAACGAAUCGUCUACGGUUGAUGCAAAGCAGACUUCGCUAAGUGAGCCGGAUACCUCUAGGGAGAAAUCGGGGUCAUCCAAGGAGAAGCGCUACAAGAGCCACAAGCAUCAUCACCGCAAACGGAGUCGCAGUCGUUCCAAUAGUCGGGAUCGAAACGUAGAUAAGCGCCAUCGCAGACACCACAACGAAGGAGAGUCGGGUGGAGGAGAACGCGAGCAUCGAUCCCGCGAGAAACAGACCCGGGAAAGAGACGAGUUCGUGCCCUCGCCCUUGCCAAAGAAGCGGGAGGAGAACGAUCAAUCGCCGGUGCCCAAGAAGAUGCUGGAGAAGAAGGCAGAACCGAAUGCCUACAACCUGAUCGAUCAAAUUUUGGAAUCUGAGAAAACAGUUGAGCAGGCGGCGAAUCUGGGAAAACCGAAACCUUCACCGAAGCCGCUUCCAACGCUGCCCAGUUCUACAAAGGCCCCAGAGCCAACGGACAACUACUCCCGCUACGUGCAAGGCCUGACCAUGACUUCGCUGUGGUCCGGCACGCUUAAAAUGAUCGACCUGGCCGACUUCGAGAUGGUAAUGUACCCCGUGCAGGGUAACUGCCACCAACUGGGUAGCCUAAUGCCCAGCCAGAUGGACGUCAUCGGCCGCAUCACCCGCGUAAAUGUCUGGGAGUACAUCAAGAAGCUGAAAAAGAGUCCCACCAAAGAAGUGGUCAUUGUGAAUAUAUUCCCUGCAUCGCCCAGCGAGACGCGCAAGUUCGAUCUCUUCUUCGAGUACCUCGACUCGCGCCAGCGGCUUGGCGUCUUAGGAGUGGACUCGGAUCAGAUUCGGGAUUUCUACAUAUUUCCGCUGGGCUCCCGCGAUGAGUUGCCGCCAGCGCUGCAAACCUCGGAGACGGUUCCCUUCUACGAAGAUGUCCAAAGGCCAAAUACUUUGCUGGGAAUCAUUGUGCGGUGUCUUAGCAAGCGACCUGCAGAAGCUCCGCCAACGACAACGUCAGUGCCUUCUCCGGUUCCCGCGGCAAGCAGCAAGGUGGCAAAGAAAUCUCGCAGCACGAACUUCUUCACAUCCCAAAGCAGCCCCAAACGCAAGACGAGCACCCACUCGACCAGCUCCAAGGAUGAUGAGUUCGAUAUCGAUGCCAUUAUCAAGGCGCCAAUUGCAAAGCUGCAGAAGACUGUACCUAAAGCGGUGGCUCCGCCACCAGUGGUGAACGAUGCCGAUGAACCCUACUCGCCUGGUGGCUCCGACGAUGAACUGGUGACAACUGCUCCCAGCGAUCUUGAGUGGCGCGUGAAUGAAAUUAACAAACAAAUAGCCGCUCAACAAAUGGAGAUAGCCGGCCUGCUUAAAGUGGAGCCCUCGGGAUCUGCGUCCUCAUCGAAUGUACUAGCCGGCAUAUCAUUUCCACCAAAUCUCUCGAAGAUCCUGGCCAGCAUCAAGGACAAGGCCGAUGUGCCCUCCAAUUCUGGUGAGGGGGAUGAGGAGUACAGUCCCGAGGACGCAAUCACCAGCAGUUCAUUUGCAGCGAAGCCGAAGAGCAAAGGUCGUUUGGCGCAUCUAAGUGAAGCUGAGCUUCUUAGCAUGGUGCCGGACAAUAUGGCAGGCGUGAUACCCAGCUCGUCAAAGACCCGCCAGCUUCCUCCACCGCCGCUUCCGCCACCACCGCCGCCACCGGGUGUUUAGGAAGCUCCACCUGGAAGAUGAGGGAAAACCCGCGCGCUAAUCCUCUAAUCGUUAUUAGUUUCUGAAUGAAAUUCACGACACUUGCUUUGAAAUUGUCCUCGCCUCCCAUUAUAUGUACAUUCUCAUCCAGCGAGUUCUAUACCAUCUCUGUAUUAUAUCUGGCCAAUCGGAACCAUUUAGUUUUCAAAACCACCCACCCCACGCCAAUCCGCACCCUAACAGGUUCAUCAUUCGCCGCAUUGCAAUGCAAGUUAAGAAUCGGUUUUCACUUCAUACUCUAUCCAAUCCUGUACAUUUUCUGGAAAAUAAAAAACGCCACGUAACAUUUGUUUUAGGGAUACGAUAA